CAUUGGCUCGAUGUAUAUACCCAAUCUGAACAGUGCAGUGAAACCCUAUCUCUCGCUUACAUAACUGUCAAGAGUCUAUCCAUUUCCGUUCUGAUACUAGCCUUAACCUCUCCCUCAAACAGCUUCAGACACCACCACCGACAAACACAAUGGUCCUCCGCCUCCGCCUCUCACGCACUCCCCACCCUCUCGGCGCCCGCCGCCACAACCCCCGCUACAAUAUCGUGCUCGCCCACGCGCGCACAGCGCGAGACAGCCGGCCGCUCGAAGUACUGGGGACCUACAAUCCCAUUCCCACCUUACCCGUCGGCGCAGAAGAGGGCAGUAGAAAGCAGAAGGAGAUUCAGGUGGAUGUGGCGCGGGCGAAGUAUUGGCUGGGUGUCGGGGCGCAACCGAGUGAUACCGUUUGGAGGUUGUUGAGCAUGGUAUGUAUCUCCGCCUAACGAGCGUGCCGAUGGAGAGGAGGACGAGGGCGAAGCAUGAAUUGGCGAUUGGGCUGACCGUGUGACGAGCAGAUUGGAUUGCUAGAGCCUAAAUACCUGCCAACCGGAAAGCAGACCCUGAAGGCGG